CUUCUUCCACAUUUGCACAUUCGUAGGAAGAGCCACUCGCACGCUCAACGUCCCUAUCUUUCAUCGUCUCUCUCCACCGGCCUCGCUCGUCUUCGUCGACGUUUCAGUAAGGAGGGAAUAGGAGAUGGCGGACACCGACGACAUUCAGCCCCUCGUUUGUGACAAUGGAACUGGAAUGGUUAAGGCUGGAUUUGCUGGUGAUGAUGCUCCACGAGCUGUCUUUCCUAGCAUUGUGGGUCGCCCACGUCACACUGGUGUCAUGGUUGGAAUGGGUCAGAAAGAUGCAUAUGUUGGGGAUGAGGCACAGUCGAAGAGAGGUAUUCUGACAUUGAAGUAUCCGAUUGAGCACGGUAUCGUGAACAACUGGGAUGACAUGGAAAAGAUUUGGCAUCACACUUUCUACAAUGAGCUCCGUGUUGCUCCGGAAGAACACCCCGUUCUGCUUACUGAGGCUCCUCUGAACCCUAAGGCUAACCGUGAGAAGAUGACCCAGAUCAUGUUCGAGACCUUCAAUGCUCCGGCCAUGUAUGUCGCCAUCCAGGCGGUCCUUUCCUUGUACGCCAGUGGUCGUACAACUGGUAUUGUUUUGGACUCUGGUGAUGGUGUUAGCCACACUGUACCAAUCUACGAGGGUUAUGCUCUUCCACACGCCAUUCUCCGUCUCGAUCUUGCUGGGCGAGACCUCACUGAUUACCUUAUGAAGAUUCUCACGGAACGUGGGUACUCUUUCACAACCACAGCCGAACGUGAAAUCGUGAGAGACGUGAAGGAGAAACUAGCGUACAUCGCCGUCGACUACGAGCAAGAGCUAGAAACUUCUAAGACGAGCUCUGCAGUCGAGAAAACCUACGAGUUGCCAGAUGGGCAAGUGAUCACUAUCGGAGCUGAACGUUUUAGAUGCCCCGAGGUCCUUUUCCAGCCUUCCUUGAUAGGUAUGGAGUCCUCAGGAAUCCACGAGACAACGUACAACUCAAUCAUGAAAUGUGAUGUGGAUAUCAGAAAGGACCUCUACGGGAACAUCGUUCUGAGCGGUGGAACGACGAUGUUCCCCGGCAUAGCUGACAGGAUGAGCAAGGAGAUCUCAGCUCUCGCCCCGAGCAGCAUGAAGAUAAAGGUCGUUGCCCCGCCCGAGCGUAAAUACAGCGUCUGGAUCGGUGGUUCCAUCUUGGCUUCCCUCAGCACGUUCCAACAGAUGUGGAUUGCGAAAGCGGAGUACGACGAGUCUGGACCAUCGAUCGUUCACAGAAAAUGCUUCUAAGGAGUUUCCUCAGCGUUGUUACCUUAUUUUGACGGUACUGCUAAGUGCUGGAGAAUCAUCGACUUUUGAGUAUAAAUGAGAACAAAAAGAAAAAGACGGGGACUUUGAUUGCCCAACAAACCUAAUCUUUUGUUUC